AUGUACUUCAGGAUUCAUUUAUAUGCGGCCCAAACCUUUUCUACUAUGCUGUUUAAAAGGCAUGCCUUUAAGGCAGUGGUCCUGAUCCAGCAAUGGUACCGCAGCUACAUGGCCCAGCGGGAAAUGAGGUGGCGAUGCACUUGGAGCAUCUUUAGUCUAGAGUAUGUUGGGCAGCAAGACCAGUUUAAGCUCCAUGAUUUCUUCAGCUACCUCGUGGAUUACUUUACCCCCAGCAGCCACCAGGAGAGGGACUUCCUGAACCGCAUGUUCACCCAGGAGAGAUUCACCCAAGACACGGAGACAGUGAAGGGUGGUGACUAUGAAUCCACUGAGGUACUGGACAGCUACACGGGACCACACCUCUCCUUCCCCCUCCUCCCUGACCAUGCCACUGCGCUGGUGGAAGCUUUUAUACUGAGACAACAGCUCCAUGCUCACUAUGUCUUGAAUCUUUUGUAUGAGACCAGGAAACACCUGGCACACCUGCCGAACAUCAACCGGGUCCCGACCUGUUACAGCGAGGAGAUCACAGUGUGUGGAGACUUACAUGGCCAGUUGGAUGACUAAUAUUUAUAUUUUAUAAGACAGGGUCUCCCUGUAGCCCCAAGCCAGGCCUGUGUGUUCAAUGGUGACUUUGUGGAUCUAGGCAAGGAUUCAGUAGAAAUCCUGAUGGUUCUCUUUGCCUUCAUGUUGGUUUAUCCCAAGGAAUUCCAUCUUAACAGAGGAAACCAUAAGGACUAUAUAGUGAACUCUAGAUAUGGCUUUCCCAAGGAAAUGAUCCAUAAAUACAAGACACAUGGAAAGAAAAUCUUGAGAAUACUUCAAGAUGUAUUCCGCUGGCUUCCUCUGGCCACUCUGGUUGAUGAGAAAGUUCUCAUUCUUCAUGGUGGGGUGUCAGACAAGACUGACCUGGAACUGUUAGCUAAACUGGACAGGCAUAAGGUACUGACUAAUGAAGUGGACUCCAAGCUACAAAAGUUCCCAUUCUGUGCGCAUGCGCUCAGAGUUCUUUUUGUGAACGAGGCCUUUGUCGUGCAUGGCCUGGUGGAAGUUGUGUCCCUGAGUCUUCACCAUUGUUUCUACCCUGAGGUACAAAGUGAGAAACAGGAGGAGCAGCAGAGAAAAGUCAACCAGCCAAGCUCUGCACAGAGACCCACUCCAUGGCUUCUUCCGCAAGGCCGCGCUUUCCCCUCUUCACCAUUUCACCCGGGCUCGGACUUAAAGGCGCACAAAGCGGGUCGGUCCUGCAGCAGCCCCUGAGGCCCCCUUGACUGGAAGGAGCUGUCCAGGCAGGUGCGGUGCUCAGUGGACUUGGAGCUGGAGCAUUGCCGGCAGAGCCCACUCUGGAGGAGUGGAGGCAGGUACCCAGGUGGAAGUUCUGCAGGUCGGAACCGAGUUGCAUUGCAGAGUGGCCUCCCACAGGUGGCAUCCAGCGUGGGCCUGGAUACUGGGGGACAACAAACAGUGGAUGAACAGAACCAGACAUGGCGACAUCAUGAUGGCUUUCAGUUUCCAAUGAUUAAAGAGUUAAAGCUUGCUGUGUCUCAGUAUGGAGCUACAGCUCCAUUUACUGUAGCUAUUAUAGAAGCUGAAUCUGAAAAUUGGCUAACUCCUAAUGAUUGGAAUCAGUUGGUGAAGGCAGUUCUUAGUGGAGACAUAGGGCCGUCUUAUCAGCAAGGGCUUGCUAUGGCAGCAGCUUUCAAUGGACAAACAGUAAAGGAGUUUUUGGCUGAGAAGCAUAAAGCUAAGAAAUGUUUCAAGUGUGGCAAGAAUGGGCAUUUUUCCCAGGAGUGUAAGGCAGAUAAUGUUCAGCAGAAGACUGAUAAUGGGAAGAGUCCUGGAAUAUGUCCCAGAUGGAAACGGGCAGAGGGGCCUCCCUCAGGCCCCGACACAAACAAUUGGGGCAGUCAACUUUAUCCCAGCAAGCGACAGCAAUCCAUUUCUGACCUCUGCAGAGCCACCCCGGGAAGUGCAGGACUGGACCUCAGUUCCUCCUCCCACACAGUGGUAGACACCCUGUGGAGUGAUCCCAUGGAUCAGGAUGGCUGCAAGGACAACACUAUCUGAGGAGGAGGCUGUUACUUUUGACCUGAUGUGACAGAGCAGUUGCUGGAGAAGUAUAAGCUGCAUUUCCUGAUUCGUUAACAUGAAUGCAAACCUAAAGGCUAUGAAUUCUGCCACAACCGCAAGGUGUUAACCAUUUUCUCUGCCUCCAAUUACUAUGAAGCUGGCAGUAACGUCAAACUGGGACCAGCCCUGACCCCACAUAUUGUGCAGUGUCAAGCUAACAAGGCGACCUACACCCUGACCAUGUGGCAAAGGAUCAGCAGGGCCCUGAGAGCUCUGCAGCAGAAGUUGUUUGCUCAUCCCUCGACCGCCUCUAUGAAUUUAAGAAGCAUGAUGCCGACAAAAACAGGUGUAAUCCCCCUGAGUGACUGGCUAGCUGCCGUGGAGUCUGUGCUGCAUCUGUCGUGGUGCAUGCUGUGGCCACAGCUGGUGAACAGCUCCUUGGAUAAUGCGCUAGAGUACAAGUCCUGGUUGGAGAGUUUGGCCAAAGGGCAGUUUAGCUGAGAGAAUGUACAGUCAAGUUUGCUGGAAAAACUGUACCGAAAUCGAUCCAACUUGGAGACCAUAUUUAGGAUCAUAGACAACCUCUGGUCUGUGUUCAUCUCUCUGGAUGAGUUCAGACAGACUUGGAAGUUGUUUAGCUCUCAUAUAAACAUUGACAUGACAGAAGACUGCAUCUGCAACCUUGCCCGAAGCACUGAUUUCAACAAGGACAGCCACAUUGACAUCAAUGAGUUCCUGGAGGCUUUCCACCUUGUGGAGCAGUCCUGCUCCGAGGGCACUGCCUCUGCUUGUCCACCAUCCACAGACACUGGUGAGAGUGGUUGCAGCAGUUUAGGCACAUGCUGA